AUGUUCGAGGAAGAAGAUGAUGAGCGAUUUGUCAAUCUCGCCUUGCUCUCACACGUCGCUGUUCGUCUCCGGGACAAAGUCCCCCGUGGCACGCACGUCAAGGGGAGCAUACCCUACGAACGCGCCUUUACGGGAAAAGACAUCGUCAGCACCGUACAGAGCAUGAUUCAGCAUUAUACGCUCUCCCAGAUGGGGGUGGCGACGCAUGACCGUUCCUUGGGCCUCAUGGUCGCGCGCUCGCUGUACGAGCAGGUCUUCUUCUACGAAGUGGAGUGGGGGACGAACCCGAUCACUGACUCUGUGGAGGAUGUGUUUAUGUUCCUGGACGAUUUUGAGGGAGGGAGCGCGGCCCCCAUUGGGGAGAGGGAGGAGCUCCCUACGGCGGUCGUUACACCCUUUACGAGAUGUUAUAGUCCUACUUGUGGUGAUGGAGGGCCGUGUUAUGCGUACGGCUGUCCGAGGAGGAACUUUGUGAGCUGUUUAUUCGCGCAAGGGGGAUGGGGAACACGCGAGAACUGGCGAGACAACAUCGGGCGCGAGUUCUUGCAGACCCUGCCAGAGAGCGAGAUCAAGCGCCAGGAUAUCAUCCUCAAGAUUAUCAAGAAAGAGGAGAUGUUCAACGACGACCUGGACGUGCUCGAAUCUGUUUUCCUCAAGCCUCUACGCGCCGCCAGACCGCCGAUCAUGUCCCCUGACUAUCUGGAAAACUUCAUCGACGACGUCUUUGGAAACUUCCUCGAUCUCCGAGAGUGCUCGCGCCGCUUGCUCGAGAUCCUCAAGGUCAGGCAGCGAGAGCAGAACCCUGUGAUCCAGAAGAUUGGUGAUAUCUUCCUUAACUCUGCUGUGGACUUUAGGCAGGUUUACCCGACGUACGUCGGUCACCUCCCUGUUGCGGAGAAGAGGCUCAAAGAUGAGUCGGAGAGGAAUCACGAGCUGAGGCUGUUCCUCGAGCAAUGCUCGCGCUCCCCACAAGCGCGGAAGAUGGAUCUCAAGUUCUUCAUCUCCCGUCCCUCGGAGCACCUCCAGCGGUACCCUGUCGUCCUCCAGGCUUUGCUGCAGGAAACCCUCGUCGGCAGCCCGGACGGAGACUACCUGUUCGAAGCGCUGCAGGCUAUCAAGCGCCUGCACAGUGUCGCCCAGCUUAUGACUUUCCAGAGCGCGAUGCUUCGCGGUCCGACAGCCAAGCUCGAGUGGCACGACUUGCUUCCCGAGGGCGCGCUGCAGGAUAUUGAGAGGCAUGAGGUUAAGCGGCAGUCGCAGAUCUUUGAGCUUAUCAAGGGUGAGAUGGAGUAUGUGAAGGAUCUGGAGACGAUCGAUACUCUCUUUGUCCGCAGGCUAAGGACAGAGCCUGUCAUACCCCAAGAUCGUCGGCUCGAGUUCAUCCACGACGUCUUCUGGAACUUCCAGGAACUGUACAAGCACCACCGGAAGAUGCUCGACAAGCUGCACGAGAUCCAGAGGGAAGAGUACCCGCUCAUAUACAGCAUCACUGAGCCUGUGCUUGAGGCUUCGCUCAACUGGCGCGACGCGUAUAUGGAGUAUGGCCCGCAUUACCCUAUUGCGGAAUACAAGAUCGACCGGGAGCUGCAGACGAACCCCGCGUUUAGGGAGUUCUUCGACCAGUGUGUCAAGCACCCCGAUGCGAGAAGGCAGGAUAUGAAGGCGUUUGUCAAUCGCCCCAUUCCACGUUUGCUCCGGUACUCUCUGCUCUUGCAGGCUAUGUACGACUCGUCCCCUGCCGAUCACCCGGAUAAGGAAACGAUCCCAGGCUUGCUGGACAUCCUCAAGUCGCUCGGGAAAGCCAUCAACGCCGGUGUCGCCGUAUCCGAGACCAAGGUAAAACUGUGGAAGUACAGUCACGACCUGGUCUGGAAGGAGAAUGGAGAGGCUGUUGACCUUCAGCUGCAGGAUGAGACCAGGAGUCUGAUCCAUAGUGGUAAACUCCUUCGCCAGCCUGAGACUGGAUUUGAAUGGAAUGGCUGGUCCGAGUUGUUCGUCUUGCUGUUUGAUAACUACUUGGUCAUGAGCAAGCCUAAGGAGACGAAAGACGGAAUCAAGUAUGUUGUUAGGGGAAGGCCUAUUCCCCUGGAACUCUUGGCUUUGACCAACUUUACCGAAAUACCCCAGCAGCGGUCUGUUGGCUUGCUGAGAGGUCGCUUGAGAAGCGAUCGCGGGAACGAACCCUCGGCUAACGGUAAUGUGCCUCAAACAGAAUCCAACGAUCCCCGGUUUGUAUACCCCUUCACUAUUUAUAACAGCGCGCGCGAGAGCGGCUUCUACACCCUCUACUCGGAAUCGCAACAAGCUCGGUCAGAAUGGAAAUCCAAGUUGGAAGAGGCUCUUGGUCUGCGUAUGGCCGUGCAAGAAAAUAACAAAGUGCUCGAGAUCGAGACGCUCAGCGACGAUACCUUCUAUAUCCCGCCACAAGCUUCGUCAAACCAGCAAGCGAGCUGGAACGAGGAGAACGCAUUCACUGGCAAGGUCACGUGCUCCGUACCGUUCUCCACACCAGAUGGACGCGGGCUCAUCGCGGUUGGGUGUGCCGAAGGUGUAUGGAUUGGCCUACGUCACGAUGCCAGAUCAUUACGCCGCGUCUUGGCGCUCAAGCAGGUGACGCAAUGUGCCAUGCUCGAAAAGUUUGGUAUCUUUUUGGUGCUUGCGGACAAGAGUCUUUUCGCAUAUUUGCUUGAAGCACUGGUGCCUACAUCCACUACGACGAGUAGCACGGCCAGACAGCCGGAGAGACUCAACAAGGAUGUCGUGUUCUUCAGCGUCGGCACCCUGGGAGAUCGUACUCUGAUCACCUACAUGAAGAAGAAAGGGAUGGACAGUGUCUUCCAGGUGGUUGAACCGGUCCUAGAAAAAAUCCAGGAAAAGUCAAAACCUGUUGGCGCUUUCGGGCGCUUCAUGUCUGGCGCGAAGAGCGAAUGGUUCCGUCCUUACAGAGAAUUCUUCCUGCCCUCUGAGGCAUACGAUGUGUACUUCUUACGCCUGAAGAUUGUUAUCCUUUGCCAGAAAGGCUUCGAGAUCAUGGGCCUUGCCGAUUUCAAGAGCGACACCAUUCCUCAUGCUAACGACCAGCGCUGGGGUGCCAUCGCCAAGCGCUUCGAAACGUGCAAGCCUAUUGGGAUAUUCAGAACCAGCAGCGAGGAAUUCUUACUCUGCUAUGAUGAAUUUGGUAUUUAUGUUGGCCGCCAUGGUGAUCCCAGUCGAGGCGAGCAGGGCGUAGUGGAGUGGGAAGGCAAGCCUUUGAAAGCCGCCUUCCAUCCACCAUACGUGUUGCUGUUCGACAAGCGCUUCAUUGAGAUUCGACAUAUCGCCAAGCUUCACCUUGUACAAAUCAUUCCUGGGCAGGACAUCAGCUGCAUCUAUGAUGGCCGUGCCAGCGACAUGACGCCUCAGUUCGACCCUGGUCCGGAUGGUUACCCCGAGGGUACCAUUCCCCAAGACCCUCGGAUCCAUGCCGUCAUGAAGAUGAAUGAGAAUCCUAAUCCUCAUCACCGUGGCACGGCACAACAUGUGUUCGAACUGGUACCGACUAUCCCGCUAUUCCUCCCUGAACCCCUGGGUUCACCUUCGCAAUCGGUGUACAACUUCCAAAACUCUCCCCCUCAUUCCCCUCAGCUCCAAGCGAGUUCCUUGCAAACCUGGGGUAGGUAUUGA